AUGCUUCGAUUUUUUGGUUCAUCUAGUCGAACGAUAGUUUUAUCGUAUCCAUCAGCAACAAAUACAUUUUGGAAAUCUAUUCGAUCUAUUUCCAAUCAUCAAAACAUAGCUCAAACUCAAUCGAUUGAUGAUAAAUCUAAAUCUCGUCGAUUACCAUCGCCUACAACACGUAAAGUUAAUAUAAAAAAACUUUUUUCCAAUGAUGAAUCAGGAGAAAAUUCAGUAUCUCCUGCAAGUCCUCGUCGACCAAAUAUUCUUCAUUCUUCAUCAUUUGAUGAUCCAUCACGAAUGGCAUCAGAUUUACCAACAAAAAGUCAAUAUGAAAAUAAUAUUGAUAAUCAUCAAAAUGAAGAACAACAAAGACAAAUAAAAGUAUCGAAUGAUACAACACAAACAAAAUCAAAACGAACGACACCACGAAAAAAAUCAUCAAAUGCAAUUGAAAUCGAUAAAGUCUUCGAUGAAUCUGAAUAUAUUUCUAUUGAACGAACAAAUGAAAAACGACUAAAAUCUAAUGAUGCAAAUCAAUCUCAUCAACCAAGACAACCAAAAAAAGAAAGAUCAUUAACAGGACAAUUAGAUGAAUCUUCAACUUUAGAUCAAUCAAAACGUCAUACAUCAACUCCAAUACUUUUAUCAAAUAUUAAACAAGCAAAUACAAUUGAAGAUUUAUUAAAAAUUUUUGAUAAAUAUGUUGUACCAACAGAAUUUGCAUUAGGCUUACAAAAAAUGUGUCAAAUGGCAUCAGUUGAAAAUAGUGAUGCUGUUCAAAUUUAUACACAAUUAGAUGAUGCACGAAAUCGUAUGGAAUCACUUUUACUUAGUUUUUUAAAUAAAUUUAGUGAUAAUGAAGUAUUAACGGCUAUUACAUUUAUUACAAAAUAUUAUCCAGAAGAUAAUGAAUUUACUGAUAAAUUUUCACUUUUACUUGCUAAUCGAUUAAGACGUAUUAGUGUUCAUCAAGUUGUUCGUAUAUUAGAAGAAUUAAAAUCUUCACGUCAUACAGCUCAAUGGAUACAUCGAAUUUAUAAUCGUCUUUUAGCUUUAGCUGAAGGACGUUAUUUUGAAUUCGAUAAUAUACGUGAUAUAUUAGCAUUAACACAUAAAUUAUCUUAUAAUGAUCGUUUAAUAAAUCGUUUAGAUGAAAGAAUUUUAGAAAUAAGUGAUAGUUUAACAUUUGAUGAUUGGUUUAAAAUAUUAAUUAAUAAAUCAAUGUUAAAAAGACGUGAUCGAACAAUAAUACGUGCUGCUUGUUAUCAUUUACUUAAAUUAAGUGAUUCAUUUUUAUUUCCAAUAGACAAAUUAAAAGAUUCUCUUUUGGCAUGUGCCAUGUUAAAUGUAUAUGAUAAGCCAUUUUUAGAACGAUUAACUCGAGAUGCAUAUGAACAAAUCAAUCAUAUUAAUGAUCCAUUUAUACUUCAAUCAAUUAUAACUUCAAUGGGCACACUCCGUAUUCGUCAUUGUGAAUUGCUUGAUAGUUUUGGAAAAAUCCUUUUAGAAGACUCGGAAUCAAAAACGAAAUGUAUUCAAUCAUUCAUACGUACAUGUGCAUCUGUUAAUUAUUCUCCAUCGACAUUACCAACACUUGUUGAAAAUCAUUUAAAAUUAGAUGAGAACACUUCUACUGAAGAAACAAAUCAGUUAAAUGAUAUUAAAAAUCGUAUUGAUCUCGUUUGGUCACUUGCAAUUUUAGAUCAAGCAAAUCAAGAUCAUGUAUCAUCCGUUCUUAAUCAAGAUAUAUUUCAACUUAUACAAAAUGAAGUAUCAAAUUCUAAAAUAGCAGGUGCACUUAAAUUACUUGCAAUUUAUUCAUAUAGUUUACAAAAAUUUUCCAAAAAAUUUCUUAAACCAACAUUUAAUAUUGAACAACUUGCACAACAAUUAACAUUAAAAAAUUCGAAUGCACAAGAUCAAUUAGCUAAAACAGUGACAACAUUUGCUGCUGAAAAUAAAUAUUCAAAAUUUAGUGUUGUCACAUCAAACAUGAUUGUUAUUGAUUGUUUAAUGGUAGUGGAUAAAACUGGUACACCACAAGAUUUAAGUACUGUUUUAACUAAUGGAGAAAGUAAUAGUGCUAGUGGACAAACAACAUUUAAUAAAGUACGAAUUGAUGAAAAUCGUUACAAAAUUGCACUUAAAUGUCUUGAUUAUCAAGAUAAAACAUUAUUAACGAAUUCUAUUUCGGGUUCUAUAGCACUACAACUAAGAUUAUUAAAUUCACUUGGUUAUAAAUGUGUACCGAUUCAUUAUGAUGAAUUUAUAAAAAUUCAAGUACCAAAUGAUCGAAUAAAAUAUAUUCAACGUAAAAUCAAAGAAGCCGUUAGUCCAUCAUCAACUCCAAAUCAACAAAGUAAUAAUCUAUCUUCUACUUCAAGAAAUGAUGCAGAUUGGUGA